AUGCUUAUGAAAUUGCAAGAUUCCAUUGAUGAAAUUGAAAAUAGGAAGAAGUCAGAAGCUCUGAACUUGAAGAGGAACAAUGAGCUAGCACUCAAACUCUUGGAAUUGGAAACAGAAUUGCAAUCUGUACUUGCAGAAAAGCAUGACAAAGUCAAUGCUUAUGAUCACAUAAAUGCAGAAUUGGAAUGUGUAACUCUGAGCCUUGAAUGUUGCAAAGAAGAAAAAGAAAAGCUUGAAGCUUCUUUCAGAGAAUGUGAGGGGGAAAAAUCUCGAUUUGCUGUUGAACUUGACUCGAUAAAAGAACUGGAGAAAUUCAGAUCUUCCAACACUGUUAAAAAGGAAGAAAAUAAUGAGGUGGCUGAAGUAGACUACGUACUCAAUGAGUCAUGUAGAAACUCUUCCCCUAAUUUCUUCUAUGCAAUGUGUUCAACGAGGCUAGAAGACGGAGAGGGAGGGAGGGGGCGGUGGAGGCGACGAACAGUGGAGAGAACUGGAGAGAGAGAGAGAGAGAGAGAGAGAGGACGGAUGGUAGAGAGAGGGAAACAGACGGUGGUGGUGGAUUCGCGACGCCGACAGUGA